UUUACAUAUAAAAGACAAAGACUGUGUGGCUCUGGAGGUGCGGUACCACAAAAGCUGUUACAGUCAGUACACCAUGUUUUUGCUGAGACCUGACAAACCAGAGACAGAACAGGAUGAGGCAAUGUUUGAUGCCAGUUACAAGCUGUUCUGUGAGAGGAUCAUCCGCCAGAGGCUGCUUGUCAACAAUGAGGUGCUUAGAAUGGGCCAGCUGAGGCAGGCCUUCAUUGACAUGGUGAAAGCAAACGAAGGUGUUGAUGCUUCAAACUACAGACAGGAUCUGUUGAAGAAGAGGCUGGCUCAAGAUUUCCCUCAGCUAGCGUUUCACAUGCCCACCAAGCGCAACGUCUGCGAACUGGUUUUUGCUGAGACUCUGUCAAAGGAUGCACUCGUGGACAUGCUACCAGAUCCAUCCGGUACGGAAACAACACAGUCCAGUGAAUUGAGCCAGACAGACAGCGACAAUGAAACAGGGAGAACAAAGUGCCAAACAACACAUGAGGACACAAGGACACUGUAUACAGCAGCGUUGUUUUUGAAAAGACUGCUUAGUGACACUCCUGGCAUGUCAUGCCCAUGGCCUCCCACUUCUGAAAAUGUAAAUGUCACUGAAUCUCAAACUGUUGUCCCCAUUGGACUAUACAAUCUGCUCAGCUGGAUUAUAGGUUCCACUGAGGAGCCAACACUGGAUCAUUAUGUCAACAUUGAUGAUGACGUACAUUUGAAAGUGUUGUCUGUUUGUCAAGACAUUGUGUACCUUGCUUCCAAGGGCCGCAAGCAGACACCCAAGUCCUUGGCUUUAGGUUUAACUGUUCGACAUUUAACUGGAUCAUCACGCAUUGCAUCACUGCUUAACAGACUGGGACAUUGUGCAUCAUGGGACACAGUUUUGAGUCUAGACACUAGCCUUGCCCAACUGACACUAGUAGAAGUGUCACAUCACUCAUAGAUACGUUUGUUUUUGGUACUAGAACAGAGUAUAAUCAGCAGGACUCUUUUAACCAGCUGAGGCAAUCACAGCACCA